UGGCUUUACUGGCACGGUUCACAGUGAACAGUCCACCCGCGUCACAUGACUCAUUAUAUGUAACCAUGAAGGCUCCCCUCUCUCUCUCGCUCUCUCUCUUCUUCCUCUUUCUCUCUGCGUUUUGGAGUUCCAGAGGGGCAGCUUCAAUGUCGGAAGAAAAAAGCAACCCAGCGCUGGAUCCGGAUCUGGACCAGCCGGAGAAUCCGGGGCUGGAGCUGGCCCAGUUCGCGGCGGGGUGCUUCUGGGGCGUGGAGCUGGCGUUCCAGCGGGUGGAGGGCGUGGUGAAGACGGAGGUAGGCUACUCUCAGGGCCACGCGCCGGACCCUGACUACCAGCUGGUCUGCACCGGCUCCACCAACCAUGCCGAGGUGGUCCGGGUCCACUUCGACCCCGCCCUCUGCCACUACUCCAAUCUUCUCUCCGUUUUCUGGUCCCGCCACGAUCCCACCACUCUCAAUCGCCAGGGCGGCGACAUCGGGACGCAGUACCGAUCGGGAAUAUACUACUACAGUGAGGAGCAGGCUGGGCUGGCGAGAGAAUCGAAAGAAGCGAAGCAACAGGAGCUGAAGGAUCGGCUGGUGGUGACGGAGAUCCUUCCGGCGAAGAGAUUUUACAGGGCGGAGGAGUACCACCAGCAGUACUUGGAAAAGGGCGGCGGCCGCGGCGGCCUCAAACAGUCGGCGGCCAAGGGCUGCAAUGACUCUAUCCGAUGCUACGGUUGACAAAGCCAAGUUCCCCCUUUUCCUUUAGUUAUUAUUAAUAUUAAUAUUUAAUAGGCACAACCAGGGUUCGGUGCACCGAACGGAAUCAAAGAUGGUUAAGAAAAAGUUAUUUGUAGUUCUUGCGUUACACGUGCAACUGUAUAAUAUACUUAAAAUAAGCACUUCUAAUA